CUAGAGAAAAGGAGAAUGUUUUCGUCAACUUAAUGACAAAAUUUUCCCCAGAUAAAUGAAAAAGUGUUUAUAAAGAGCGUAAAGAUUGAGGGGGAUAAAGAAAAUGGUCAAAAGGGAGCAGAGGGGAGCAACAACGGCUCAACCUCUGCUCUCUCACCGACCAAGAAAUUCGUGACCUUGGAAAUGGAGACACCAGGCGGCUCAGCCGGGGAGACGCCUUUAUAUGGCGGCUCCUCCAUGGAGCCGACUGAGCUUCAUUCGGCUCCAUCUGCCAUGCUGGCGGAUUACCCGCCAGUGCAUGGCUUUCAGGAUGCGAAAAAUUUAGUUUGCAUGGAAUCAGGGAAAUUAUGGGCAAUUGCAGGUCCCAUAGCGUUUAAUAUUCUGUGUAAUUAUGGGAUUAAUUCUUUCACAAGUAUAUUUGUUGGACAUAUUGGUGAUGUUGAGCUCUCUGCCGUUGCCAUUUCUUUAUCGGUUAUAGCAAAUUUCUCAUUCGGCUUCUUGUUAGGUAUGGGUAGUGCACUUGAGACACUAUGUGGACAAGCAUUUGGUGCAGGCCAAGUAGAAUUGCUAGGAGUUUACUUACAAAGAUCAUGGAUAAUCCUUGUUGGUUCAUGCUUCUGCAUAAUGCCACUCUACAUCUUCUCAGCACCAAUAUUAAAGCUUCUAGGCCAAAGACAUGACAUAGCAGAAUUAGCUGGAAAAUUUUCAAUUCAAAUCAUACCUCAAAUGUUCUCCCUCGCGAUCAACUUCCCAACCCAAAAAUUCUUGCAAGCACAAAGCAAUGUCGCGGUUCUUGCUUGGGUUGGAUUCAUGGCUUUGAUCGUGCAUAUCGGUGUGCUCUUUCUUUUUGUUAGAGUUUUUCGAUGGGGCGUUACUGGUGCUGCUGCUGCAUAUGAUGUUUCUGCUUGGGCUAUUGCUUUGGCUCAGGUGAUUUAUAUUGUUGGUUGGUGUAAAGAUAGUUGGAAGGGGUUGUCUUGGUUGGCAUUAAAGGAACUUUGGCCCUUUGUAAAGCUUUCUGUUGCAUCAGCAGUUAUGAUUUGCUUGGAAAUUUGGUAUUUUAUGACCAUCAUUGUUUUAACUGGUCAUCUUGAGGAUCCUGUCAUUGCUGUUGGUUCUCUUUCUAUUUGUAUGAACCUUAAUGGAUGGGAAGGCAUGUUGUUCAUUGGUAUUAAUGCAGCAAUAAGUGUUCGCGUAUCAAACGAGCUUGGAUCGGGCCACCCAAGGGCUGCAAAAUAUUCAGUUUUUGUCACAGUGGCUGAGUCACUCAUAAUUGGGAUAGUUUGCAUGAUACUAAUCAUAUUAACAAAGGACCAUUUUGCUAUGCUUUUCACAAGCAGUGAAAAAAUGCAAAAAGCUGUUUCUAAGUUAGCAUAUCUUCUUGCUGUAACUAUGCUGCUUAAUAGUGUCCAGCCAGUUAUAUCAGGUGUUGCUGUUGGAGGAGGAUGGCAAGCACUAGUGGCAUACAUUAAUUUGGCUUGUUAUUAUGUAAUUGGCCUCCCACUUGGAUUCCUCCUAGGCUAUAAAACAAGGUUGGGAGUUCAGGGAAUAUGGAUGGGCAUGAUUUUUGGAACUUUUCUGCAAACUGUAAUUCUUUGUGUUAUUGUAUACAAAACCAAUUGGAACGACGAGGUAGCACAAGCAUCAGAGAGAAUGAGAAAAUGGAGUGGAAUUUCUGAUGAAGCGGACACUAAGUAAAAAGUUCAUAUCAAAUUCAAGAGAUGACACUGUCCUAUUGACCGAGUAGAAGAUUGACAUCACAGAUAUUCGUAGUACAUAAUCCCAUGCAAUUUUUUAAUUAUUCUUGUAGACAUUAAUGCCAACUUUAACUUUCUUUUUUUCUUUAGGUAUAUGUAGAUGAAAAUGUUAAUGUAAAGCUAGAUCUAUUUUCACAUACUUUUUUUUUCAAAUGUUAUUAAAUAUUUUCUUUAAUAGGUGUG